AAUAGUGUGCGAAGUGAGCUAGGCGAUUAAAGACAUAAAAUAAAAAGGCACAAAACGAGUUGUUUUAUAGCCGGUUUAGUUAAGUAGUGAUACGUACUAGUAAAAGAAAAAACCCAUUGGGUUGUAAAAUUUUCACAGCAACAUGUCGGAUCAGACACAGGAAGAAAUCGUGGACAAGAACCGCGGAAAAUGGAGCAACAGCAUCGAGUUCCUCAUGUCCUGUAUCGCCAUGAACGUGGGUUUGGGGAACAUCUGGAGAUUCCCCUUCGUGGCGUACGAGAACGGAGGCGGCGCCUUCCUGAUCCCGUACCUCGCGGUCUUGAUCCUCCUGGGACGUCCCAUGUACUACCUAGAAAUGUGCCUGGGGCAGUUUAGCAGUCGGGGCAACGUGAAGAUGUUCGAGUCCAUGGCGCAAGUCCUCAAAGGUGUCGGGUUCGGGCAGCUGAUUGGGACUUUCUCGGUAGCGACCUACUACUGCUCUUUAAUGGCUUUGACUCUAUACUACUUGAUCCAUUCCUUCAAUUUCGAGCUCCCGUGGUCCCAGUGCGAUAAGCGAUGGGAAGAAACCAAGUGGCUACAGAAUGUCACUUGUAUACCGUCGAAGAGCACCGACAUGGGGCAGGUUAAUAACUCGAUCAGUUCGGCAGAGGCAUGGUUUAGAAUCGAGGUACUAAGGGAGAAAACGGACAUUUCUGACGGGAUAGGGAUACCCAACUGGGAAUUGACGCUAUGUUUGCUGUGUUCGUGGACCAUCACCUUUUGUAUUUGCGCAAAAGGGGUGCAAAGCUCCGGAAAAGCGUCGUACUUUCUGGCUAUUUUCCCGUUCGUUAUCUUGUUUGCUUUACUAAUACGAGCGGCCACCCUCGAGGGUGCAGGCGUGGGCAUUUUGUACUUUAUAACGCCGGACUGGGAAAAGCUACUCAGCGCUAAGGUUUGGUAUUCCGCAGUCACUCAGUGCUUUUUUUCUUUGAAUAUUGGCUUCGGCUCUGUGACUAUGUAUGCCUCCUAUAACACGUUCCACCACAAUGUCUUCAGGGACGCCAUGGUCGUGACAACCCUAGACACCUUCACCUCGUGUCUCUCGGGUCUAAUCAUCUUCGGCAUUUUGGGCAACCUAGCCCACAAGAUGAACGUGGAGGUCCCAGAUGUGGUCAAAUCCGGCGGCACAGGUUUAGCGUUUAUUUCGUACCCCGAAGCCAUAGCCCGAUUCGAGGACGUCCCAUGGCUCUUCGCUAUUUUGUUCUUCUUCAUGUUGUUCGUGCUAGGAGUCGGCAGUCUGAUAGCCCUCAAAGGUUGCGCCUUCACGGUCAUUCUGGAUGCCUUUCCACACUUGAAAACAUGGCACGUGUCUUUUUGUACCGCCGUGGUGGGGUUUCUGGUGGGGCUAGUGUACAUUACACCCGGUGGUCAAUUCAUCUUCACCAUGGUCGACUUCUUCGGCGGUACUUUCAUCUUCUACGUGCUAACGAUCAUCGAAAUCUUAGCCGUGAUGUGGUGGUACGGGUUGAAGAACAUCUGCCUCGACAUCGAGUUCAUGUCGAAGAGAAAACCAGGACCGUACUGGCGCAUCUGCUGGGCCGUCAUAAUCCCCGCGGUACUCAUCACCGUCUUCGUGUACUUCGUCGUAACUCUCGAGGAACUAACAUACGAAGACCAGUCGUACCCGUUCCACGUGAUAAUAUGGGGUUGGUUAUUGUUCGGCGUGGGCAUCCUCCAACCCAUCCUCUGGUGGUCGAUCGAAAUCAUCAAAAACCUUAGAAAAGAGCCGCUUUCCAAGGCCGUCCUCGCCACCUUCAAGCAUGACGGCUGGAGACCCAAAGACGCCGCCAUCUUCGACGACUGGACCCAGUUCAAGACCGACCAGACCCAAAAAUCCAUCGUCAAAGAGAACUGGUUCAAGAAAAAGUUGUACCUGCUAAUCGCAAAGUAAUACACCAUCAGCCUCCA